AUACAGACGGAGUACAUGCAGCGUUGUGAGAGUUGCAUGGUUGCACACUGUCCAAAGGGGCUUAGAGACGAUAAAAUAAGAUACUGCAGGACAAAAUCUCAGUGCACAUCUGCCUCAUUUUACUGCGUGUAUGCUGGAAACGACCACCGACUUAGAAUCUAUGUGAAUAAUCAGAUGAAUGCUGUUCAUUUAGUGCAACAACUGCCUGCAGAAAUUUACAUUCCAGAGAGGACGUGAACUGGGUCUCUAUUUCCAAAAGCUGCCCUAUCCUAGUUUUACUAAGAAUAAAACUGGAUGGAGUGUUAUGCAUUUAUAAGCCAGCUGUGAGGUUUCGUUUCCAAGGCAACACAGACACCCACUCUAUAGUGUUUGGCUCACCCUUGCUGAGCAGGCACAUUGGUAAAGACCUGCAAAAAGCGACUGGACAACAAAAGAGAAAAAGUAAGAUAAGUUUCACCAUAGAAAAGUACUGGACCAGUUUUCUGACCAUUUGAAUGAGACCUAAUCAGUUUGGUAGGUCACCUUGAAUUAAAUAGAGCAACUGUAGAAACCAACAUCUGGAUGUCACCAUGACUCUGAUCCUGAUGCACUUCACCCUCUCUGACUGAUAGGUCUCUCUGGCAGCAAACUGGCAAAGAGAGCAAAAGCUCACACAGGUGGACCAGCAGCAGCAUCUCAUAGAUUAUAGAUUUGGAGAUUACAAAACAACAACAAGCCAGGGCACACAGCUUUGUUGAAAUCAGAGUUCCCCACCUGACCCACCAUACCAAUUCAGUUAAGAGCUGUCAUUGUGAAUCUGGUUUUGGUACUGCGACAGGACAUGUAUGUACUCCACUGCUAGACAGAUGCAGUGUUAGAAGGAAAUCAGAUAGAGUGCUGACAUAUUUUUGGUUGUGUUUUUCUUUAAUCCAGCUUCUUGCAGGUCAUUACUUUCUAAACCGUUUCUCUCCUGUGACCACCCAAACCCUUUUUUUGUGCUUUCUAUCAUUAAAUCCGUUUCUUACAUUUUUUAUUACUGAGUUUUUAUCCAGUUUUUUAUUAUGCAGGGAGCUGGAAAGGGUCAAAGUGGUCAAACUAUCAAACCAACUUUUUGACUGUUAAAUGGCCUAAAUUGGAAAGUACAGAGAGCGAAGAACACUAAAGAGAGAACACUAAAGGCUGGAUACCUACUGGAUAAGUAACUACAGAGGAUGACAGUGGAGGGAAUGUUUGGAAAGUGUUGUAGUAUUUAAAUGAAAGCUUUAUUCAAGAUGCCUAGAAAAGUGCUUAACUACAAGCCAUCGAGGCAACUCCACCCUUUUUCUCCAGUGUCCGCAGAGUUUCAUCUCGGCAUAGUUGCUAGCUAGACGGAGUGUACUGAAGCAGACAAACAGGAUUACAGAGACACACUCCAACAAACCUCGACUCAUAGAGAACCGUUAUGGCACAGACACGGAUGACAGCCUUGCUUGUCUGGCACUGAGAUGUCAAAACCACAGAGGAGGCUAUUCCUCCAACUGUCACUGCAUGGAGAGUAGAACACAUCACAAGAACGCCUACAAGCAGACAGAUUUUUAGAGGUGAAAGACUGGUGUGUUUCAACUGUGCAGACAGUUCCAAGACGUGCCAAAAGAGAGAUCUAGAGGUGAUCCCAUUGAGUAUCACGGAGAUAACUAAAAUUGAGAGCGGUAAAAGGAUCCAUAGUAGACUUGUGACACAUUGAAAGGAGGAGACUGGCAUAUGGAGAUUGCAGCAGUGGUGCUUCACAGACACUAGUUUUUGUGUGAUUCACUGAAAGAGUAAGUUGUUUUAUUUCAUCUGAAGCCUCUGUUGGCCAGUACGCUGAGUAGUACAGAGUCCAGGCUGAGCACAGUGGCAGGGGCAGGUUUAUGGCAGUGGGGCGGGCGCAUGCCGUCUGUGCCUCAGCAGCGAGAGGGACGCUUGGGGUUUGGCUUGGGUUGGGUCUGGGCUGCGGGGUCUCAGAGGACAGGCGAGCCAAGGCCCUGGGUAUCAGCUGGAGCUGGAGCUACAACUGCGGCUGCAGGAGAACGAGGAGCUCGGCGAUGCUCCCUGCGAGUCUGUGUGCUCUUGGGAUCCCUGGCCCUCCUCUUUAUCACCUCACUCUUCUUCUCCUUCUCGCUGAGAGGAGGAGCUGUCCUGCCUUAUCUGGAACCCGCGGGAUGGGAAGAGUCACAUAGGGUUAAGCUAGUGCCCAGCUACACUGGUUCCCACCGGGUGAAUCCUGCCGAGAGCACCCAGCAGAAGACAUGUGCCUGUGAUCGGUGUGUGGGCGACCCGGGCGUCUCCGACUGGUUCGAUGAGAGCUAUGACCCAGAUGUCUUACCUGUGUGGACACGGGACAACAUUCAGCUGCCUUCAGAUGUAUAUUACUGGUGGGUGAUGUUGCAGCCUCAAUUCAAACCCCACAAUAUCCAGCAAGUUCUACAGAAACUAUUCCAGGUAAUUCCAGGCCAUUCCCCAUAUGGUUCGUGGGACCCUGCUCGCUGUCUACGCUGUGCCGUGGUGGGAAACUCGGGUAACCUCCGCGGGACAGGUUAUGGUCCAGUGAUUGAUGGCCAUGACUUCAUUAUGAGGAUAAACCUGGCUCCCACUGUAGGCUAUGAAGAAGAUGCAGGCAGUCGAACCACACACCACUUCAUGUACCCAGAGAGUGCCAAGAACCUGGCGGCCAAUGUUAGCUUUGUGCUGGUGCCCUUCAAAACUCUUGACCUGUUGUGGAUCACCAGUGCCCUCUCCACCGGCCAGAUCCGCUUUACUUACGCUCCAGUGAAGCAGUUUCUGCGCGUGGACAAAGACAAGGUGCAGAUCUUCAAUCCAGCUUUCUUUAAAUACAUCCAUGACCGGUGGACACGCCAUCAUGGCCGCUACCCUUCCACUGGCAUGCUAGUCUUGUUCUUUGCUCUACAUGUGUGUGAUGAGGUGAAUGUAUUUGGUUUCGGAGCGGACAGCCGGGGAAACUGGCACCACUAUUGGGAGCAGAACCGCUAUUCUGGAGAGUUCCGUAAAACAGGUGUCCAUGAUGCAGACUACGAAGCCCAGAUCAUCGACAAGCUGUCCAAGGCUGGCAAGAUCUCAGUCUUUCCUGGAAAAUGAAUAUGUGUACAACUCGUAAAGAGAUUGGCCAGAUGAUUGACUAAAACAAACAAAACCACCCAUUAUCCACUUGACACACUCUGAGUGCCUGUUCAAAGUGAUCAAGAAGUGAUUUUUCAUGAUCUUAUUACCAUUCUGGGCUAUCCGGAUUGGACAGAACUCUGGGCAGCAUUUCCCAUGAAGUGGUGGUUUUGAGAGGAGAUACUAGUAAUUUGCACUGUUGCUUGCAGGCCUACCUCAACCAGGGAAAGGAACUUGACUAGCAAGGGACGCCAAUAUCUCCUCACCACUAAAGAGCAUGUUAGGUAUAUGUUCGCAUUUGACAUUUGUUGAUUAGUGAUGACGCAGGAAGUAAAAUGCAUCAGCCUGGUUAUCGGUUAGCUACUGUGUGCUUAACGGCAUGGCCGGGUAGAUGGAUGAGACCAGCAAUCACCAUAGUGUAUCAUAGUACUCUUGUUGUCCUCUGUGGUUCAUUAACUAAAAGCUUGGACACAGUGGUGUGUUGUUUCACUUCCAUGAUAUUAUAAUGCUCCGCACUGCAGCUGUUAAUUCCUCAUGUCACCAGGUGCAUGUGGCUGAGUGGAAGUUUACACGUUCCUGCUGUUAAACCAAGCUUUUUGUCUUACUGUAUAUUUUACGCUUUAGUUGUUAAUGUUUAUGAGACGAUCAUGCUAAGAGUUUGCAAUGACCCUGCAUCACUGUGUGCUUGCAGCAAUCUGAACAUGGAUCAUUUUUGCUAGUUAUGUUGAGCAGGGGCGUAGAUUCCAGGGGGGAUGGGGGGGGGUAACCAAUAGUCAAAACAAGUAAGUACAAUACCACCCCCCCCUUCACGCUGCAACCCCCCUUCAACACUAGGAUGUUAACUGAACUGAAACUACUGACGCAGUCCGAUAUGAACACAUAUGAGCAAUAUAUUAUGAAAUAUACAUGGCAUACAUUUAGAAACAUUCAGAAUGAUAAAUCAUGCUGUGGUGAUUGUUCUAGAGAUGGUAGAGCUUCAAUAUUGAGCUACUCUCUUAAAAAAUUUAACUUAGUUAAUAUGCUGGAACAAAGGGUUUAAUGAUGGAAAAGGAAAUGAAUUUCAUAUGGCAAAAGCAUUGGAUGUAGCUGAAAUUUAAUAGAUUUCAUCUGUGAAACCCAGUGCAUUACAUUUAGGGCAACUUACAAGUCUUGUCCUGCUACGUAACGUAUCGCCAUGUAAAAUUCAUGGAUAUACUUGUAUAGCCUGUAGUAUUUUAACUGGAGACACUCCUUUGCUGCUCUUUAGCCAUUUACAUCAAGGUAAUCUUUUGACAUUUCAGCACAAGAUUUUGGUUUUUCUAGUAUAGUUUGCUACAUUUAUAGAAGUUGAAGACGGUACAAAGCGUUAAGCAGAGAGAACUGCGAGAACGGCAAGUCCUAGUUCAAGUUUUUACAUUCAGGUGCCCUAGUUCUUUUUCCAAUGUAGACAUAUCAGCUUUUUCAGUGUGUAAAUGCACACAUACAUGCUUGCGUGCCUUGUCCUUGCUUCUGGACACAUUCUCUUUCCAGUGCACAGCUAACCUCAUUAGAACAUGCAUAAACACAUGCUAUUAUUUCUUUUCCCCUUUAGUCUUCUUACAGAGCAUUUAUUGACACACAUUCUCACACAAAUCUGGGCCCUAAAAUAGGGCACAGACCAACCAGCUGUCCUCCACCCACACAUGCUAUGGAAACAUAAUUCAGAGCUUCUCCUGGGCACCACCAUCUCAUCCUCAUGUCUGUUCUACUUAGUGCUAAGCUGAGUGUCGUGCCUUUGGGAUCAGGGAAGGAAAAGCUCUCCUACCUGAAGAUCUUCCAAGCUUUUAAGAGCUACCUACUUGCAUUUGCUGUUGCUUUUUAAGUCUCCUGAAAUCCUUAGAAAAUCCAGACCCGUGGCACACGAUGAAGCCAAUAAUGUUUCGAUAUUUAUACACUUUGUCAAUAACACGUAGUUGUUUUUUUUGACAGUUACUAGGUGGAUGAAUCUGAACUGCGCAGUUAAGCCUGCAGUGGCUUUAUUAUAUUUAAGCCUAUUCUGAAGGAUUACUAUUGCGUGUUUCACAGUGAAAUUCUAAUGUCACGGAUGCAUAGGAUGACUGCCUUCUCCUAGGCAGAAUUUUGAAAUGUGCAGAUUGUCGCAAGAGUUUUAUCCCAUUACAAAACUUUUGUUGUUAGAAAUUUAGGUGGUGUUUGGAAAAUUUGUAUCAAUGACAAUUAGUUGCAUUUUGAAGUUCAUUAGACUGUCUUGUACUAGAAGGUUCUCAAUGUACCAUUCUUGCAAAAGUAUUCAGUAGAAUUCAGUAUUAAUUGGAUUGGAGGGCUUUUGUUUCUAGGUUUUUUCCACAAGAACAUCAUACUGCAGAAAGAUAUUUAGGAAGUCCUCAGACAUUUUCUGAAAGACUACAUUAUGUCCACCUUCUCUGUUCUCUUCAUUUGUAAAGAUCUGUGGUCAAAUGGCAUGAUCAGAUCUUUUCCAUAGUGGCAAAGAAUUGGGAAGACAGCUACCAAGCCAGUAAAAACGCAAAACUGAAAAUUCUCACAUUUACUCACCCUCAUGCCUCAUGUGCUUGACUUUCUUCUUCCUAAAAAAAUAUCUGAGCUUUGUUGGUCCAUUCAAUGAAAGUAAAUGGUGGCCAGAAAUUUGAAGCUCCAAAAAGCAGAUAGGCAACAUAACAGUAAUCCGUAUGAUUCCAGUGGUUAAAUCCAUAUCUUCAGAAGGGAUAUGGUAUGUGUGGGUGAGAAACGGAUCUAUUGUAAAGUCCUUUUUUUUUUUUUACUUUAAAUUCUCCUCCCUGUCCAGCUGGUGAUGAUAUGCACGAAGAAUGUGAAUAGCCAAAAUCAAAAGAAGAAUGUGAAAGUGGAGAUUGACUGAACAGAGCAGAUAUUUUUCUAAAAAUCUGUUUGUGUUCAGAAGAAGACAAAGUCAUACACAUCUGGGAUGGCAUGAGGGUGAGUAUAUGAUGAGAAAGUUCCUUUUGGGUCAACAAUUCAGUUAAAUGCUGCUUAUCUAUCGCUUUUUGCGAUCACAUGAUUCUCCUUCAGGAUAAAGACAUGUUAUUGAGUGAGCGAUGCAAGUUUAACACAAUCAAUUACCCUUUCGCUUCUAAGAAAUAGAGCAGUGAAAGGCACAAGCUAAAAAAUUGAGAAUAAAAUAAAAAUUAGGUAAUGGUAAUAAGAUAUUUCCCUUUAGAACAGAACUCCACUAUCAAGUUAAUUGAUCUUGAAUCCUGUUCCUUGAAUAAAGCAGUAAUCCCUCAUUACAGACUCUACAUAUCCUCACUGUGCUACUGUGUAUGCUCUCAUUAUCUUCUCAUUAGUGUUGAUAUAGUGACUGUUUGGUCAGUGCUCUCUUUCUUUUCACAAUCUCAGUCUCUGUGUAAUUAUGGACUGUUUUUAAUCUUUAUGCUAAAAGAAAUAAAUACACUUUAAAAUG